AUGUCUGACGUCGAGACCAAGCCCGACCCCACCACGGCCGCUCCUGAGGGCGCUGAGAAGAAGCCCGAGGAGACUACCCCCGCCACCACCGAAGCCGAAGCUCCCAAGGCUGAGGAGCCCGCUGCUGAGGCCCCCAAGACGACCGAUAGCGUGUUCUCGAUGUUCGGCGGUGGACCUAAGAAGGAGAAGAAGGAGGAGAAGGAGGAUGAUAAGGAGGAGCCUUCUGGGUCUUCGAAGGUGAAGAAGGGUGAGGAUGAGGAAGCUCCCGAAUCCCCUGACGUUCACUUCGAGCCCGUUAUCCGUCUGACGGAGAAGGUGGAGACCAAGACCAAUGAGGAGCUUGAGGAGCAGACUUUUAAGAUGCGUGCUAAGCUGUUCCGCUUUGACCGCGAGAGCAAGGAGUGGAAGGAGCGUGGCACUGGUGAUCUCCGCCUGCUGAAGCAUAAGGAGAACCAGAAGACUCGUCUGGUUAUGCGUCGUGAUAAGACUCUUAAGGUCUGCGCUAACCACUACAUCGUCCCUGACAUGAAGUUGAGCCCCAACGUCGGUAGCGACCGCAGCUGGGUGUGGAACGCUGCUGCCGAUGUCAGCGAGGGCGAGCCCGAGGCUGCUACCCUGGCCAUUCGCUUUGGCAACAGUGAGAACGCCAACCUCUUCAAGGAAGCCUUCGAGAAGGCCCAGCAGGAGAACGAGAAGAUCCUCGCCCAGCAAAAUGUUCGACUGGUGACGGAGCAGCAUAUCUUAAAUAAGGAUUCCGGUGUUGAAGGAUUCCCGCUUCGGUCUUGGUCGAUUGAGAUUUAUCUCGUCAAUGAUCAUGGCGAGCAGGUGCCGGCGGGUGUCUUUGAUAAGGUGACAUAUCACCUUCAUCCUAGUUUUGGGGAGAGGGCGACUCAGGUGGUCAAAACCCCCCCGUUCCGGAUCCAGGAGGAAGGAUGGGGUGAAUUCGAUAUGCAGAUUGCCUUGACGGCUGCCGACAAAGAUCACUUUGUGACGCACGAUCUCAACUUUGCGCAGAACCGCUACGAGUCUAAACAUCUCAUCACAUUCAAAAAUCCCAAGCCGGCUCUUAUGGCCUUGCUUCGCGAAUCGGGACCUGUGCCCGGUGAUGAGAACGGGGUGAAGUCGAAACGCGCGGCUCCCGGCGACGAGGGAUCGAAGAAGAAGAAGCGGACGGAGAAGAAUGUCGAUAUGGAUAAAUUGGCCGACGGCCUCCAAAGACUCGGCGAAGAUGACCUUCUCCAAGUGGUCCAGAUGGUCCACGACAACAAAGCUCCAGACUCGUAUACCAAGAACGACGUUGAACAGGGCGAAUUCCACGUCGACCUCUACACCUUACCAGACACCUUAAUCAAGAUGCUGUGGGACUUUACCCAAGAGAAGGGGGCUCUCUAG